AUGCCGUCUACAUGGAGCUUGGAAGAUUGUCUGAAAACUGCAACUGAGGCCCGCGCGUGCGCAGUUGUUUUUGCUCCGCCCUCCCCCUUUCUCUCAGCGAUCGGAGGUUGCUGUUCUGUUGGCUCUCCUUCUCCCCUCAGCUGGCCCAGGUCGUCUCGUCAAGUGGCCUGCUCGCUCGGUGGCGUCGUUUGUCACUGCGAACGAAGCCCCCAGAACCGAUUGAAGCGACUCUCUUGUCACUUUAUUCUCCUUGUGGCAGGCUCUGAGCCUUGCUUUCUAGACCGGCUCCUGGCGCCUGUGGUAGCCGAGCCCCCGGGCUCCCCGCACCCGGAGAGGAUGUCGGAACAGACGGGGUUGCUGAUACCGCAGACCAUGGACAGGAGUUGUUGGGUGUGUUUUGCCACCGAUGAGGAUGACAGAACAGCAGAGUGGGUGAGACCAUGCAGGUGUAGAGGCUCUACAAAAUGGGUUCACCAAACAUGUCUACAGCGCUGGGUGGAUGAAAAACAGAGAGGGAACAGUACAGCUCGAGUUGCCUGUCCUCAGUGCAAUGCAGAAUACUUAAUAGUAUUUCCAAAGCUAGGUCCAGUUGUUUAUGUCUUGGACCUGGCAGAUCGCCUUAUCUCAAAAGCCUGUCCAUUUGCUGCAGCUGGAAUAAUGGUGGGCUCUAUCUACUGGACAGCUGUCACUUACGGAGCUGUAACAGUGAUGCAGGUUGUGGGUCAUAAAGAAGGCCUUGAUGUCAUGGAAAGAGCUGAUCCCUUAUUCCUUUUAAUUGGACUUCCCACUAUCCCAGUUAUGCUUAUAUUGGGAAAAAUGAUUCGCUGGGAAGACUAUGUGCUUAGAUUGUGGCGCAAAUAUUCUAACAAACUACAGAUACUGAACAGCAUAUUUCCAGGGAUUGGAUGUCCUGUUCCUCGUAUUCCAGCUGAGGCCAAUCCUCUGGCAGAUCACGUCUCUGCUACUCGUAUUCUGUGUGGAGCUCUCGUCUUUCCCACUAUUGCUACAAUAGUUGGCAAGUUGAUGUUCAGCAGUGUUAACUCUAAUCUUCAACGAACAAUUUUGGGCGGAAUUGCUUUUGUUGCUAUAAAAGGAGCUUUCAAAGUCUAUUUCAAACAGCAGCAAUAUUUGCGACAAGCUCAUCGGAAAAUUUUAAACUAUCCUGAGCAAGAAGGUGCAUAAAUGACUCUGUGGAUGUCAGACUGUUACCAUCUCUUCUGCUAUAUUGAGCAGCAUUGUACUAUUAUUUGGCUCAAGGAGCAGAGAUUGGAGGAUAUGCUGCUGAUUUUUGUGGUUCCCCCCCAAUAGAAUAAUAAAAGACUUUGUUAUGGCAGGGCAAGUCCUCCUCAGUUGUUGAUCCUAAGAAUAUGAUUUGUUUUCACUGAUGCAUUUUCUUUGUGGCUGAAGACAUCUGGAUCAUUUUCCUAUGGGCAAAUGUUGCCUUCUUUCAAAACAGAAGCCAAAUAGUUGUGAAGUUAAUAAAUUAUGUGCAGACUGCUUUCUAUUAUAUUUUGUAUGCUUAUUGCAGUAAUGCACAGUACCGUACUUUGCUACAUGGGCCAAUAUAACAGACCUCUAAAAAUAUUUGUAGUUUAUUGCCAAGUGGAGCUCCAGAAUGUUGGUUAACAAAGGUUCCCUUGUUCAUAGAUGAAGCAAUGAACAUGACACUCAAAGUCUAAAAUCCACUCAAAUUAAUGAUAGCAGUUCCAUUUUCUUGCUAGUUCACGUAGCCAUCAGAACAGCCCAGAUUGCCAGAAUGUUUAUUAAAAAGAAAAGAACCUGCCUGUUCAGAUAAGUAUUUAGAACACCAGCAAGUUGCUUUUUUAUUUAAAGUUUUUCAUCAGAUUGGUUUCUUUUGGUUCUUUGGGCAUAAACCAACUAAUACAAUAUGUAAUGAUUGACUCUGUUUGCCACCAUUGAAACUGAAUUACAAUCUGUAUGUACUGAGUUGCAAUAUUAGUGCCAGUACACUGUGGAACCACAACCAAAUUGUGGAAUUAUUAUUCAAGCUAAACUUAAAAGCAAGGGUUCAAAAACAAGCACUGGUGACAGGCAGUUGUGUAUAGAGGAAAGUGUAAAUGUUCAGAUAGGAAUGUUGUUAUUGAUUUCACAAGUAACCCUACUGUACCAAAGUAAGGUUUCCUUUUUAAAAAAAAAACAUGUCUGGCACUGCCUUAACUGCAUUUCUUUUUGAAAUCCAUGUUCAGAAUAUCACUGAAUUCAGUGGCGCCUAUAAGCAAAUACUUUGGAUUGGAGCAAAGGCUCCAAUCUAGACAUGUGUACAUAGACCCCAUUCUAAUCAAUGAGAUGUAUUUCUUAGUACAUGGCAGGAUUGAGGUUUAUAAGGGAGAUACUUAAAUUGCACUUUUUCUUGUCAAUAGAAAUUAGCAUAUCUGUGUUUUUAACGCUGGGUUCUAUACGAGUCAUAUCGUAGCAAUGUAAUAAAUGACAGUCAUCCUGGGUUUACAAGUGGUAUUUGCUUUGGCAGGAUUAAAGAACCAUUGAAUGUCUCUUAAACUCUCAAAUUAUGUUCAAAUUCACAUGUAUCUAAUGCAUGAACAGUAAUAAACUCAUCUUUUUAAGUAUUGGUAAAUAGUUAUUGACCAGAAAUGAUGCAAAUGAAAAAAGGCUUUGUGUUUGAUUGCAAUAAUGUAUGCUAAAGAAAUAUUAUGAUUUCCACAGCAAGCAUUAUUUUAAAUACUGAAACGUAAUAAUUUAAAAGGUAUACAUAAUGACCAGCUAGUAUUCCAGCAUUGUUACAUGUGGAAAAACGUAAAUCAUAAGAGAAUGCUUUAGUUUCUUGUUGUAAGUACAAAAAAGUUACUAUAAGUCAUCUGGACUUUUGAUAUCUAUAUAUUUAUAUAUUCAUCAGUAUCCUGAAAAAUGUUGGCUUUCUAUAAGAUGAGUUUUAAAAUAUUUCUUGCAGAAAUUCUUGUUGCAAGAAGCCUUCUGGGUAAUCUUUACUGUAUAUACACCAGCCCUUUGUUACCUGCUGGUUUUUAAACUCUCUCUCUCUUACAGAAUCUAAAAGUGCAGAUUGGUUGGUCUGAAAUUUUGUUUAGUAAAAUUGCUGAAACUAUUUUAUCUUAUCACUACAAAUAUACUGUGAAGAAUGUGGAAUUAUAUUUUAAAUUCAGUAGCAAAAAGCAUUACCUUGAUUACUGUGCUGUUAAAAUGUUUUUAGUAGUGCAAUUUAUGAUUACAUAUUGAAUUAGAUUGAAUAAAAAACAUUUUUAUAUUCUUUAGGUAUAUGGUGUCUGAACAAAUGUCAAACAUAGUAAUUAACAUAGGUUGUUUUAAUUCCUUUAACUGUUU